AUGGCGACUUACCAAUCUACCAACCUCCGCGACCGUGUCGCCACCAUAAACCAACACUGGACACCCCAACACGUCCUCACGCUCAAUGAUUCCCACUCCCUCAAACUCGCCACAAUCUCCGGCCCAUUCAUCUGGCACUGCCACCCCGACACGGACGAAAUGUUCUACGUUGUCUCUGGCGGGCCUUUCAAGCUCGAACUGUCCACUCAAGCCAGCAGUCCGGAGGAAGCGGAGAGUAAAGGUGCGGAUGAAGUGGUGGAGUUGAAGUUGGGAGAUGUAUUCAGUGUGCCGAAGGGGAUGCAGCAUCGGCCGGUUGCUGCGGUUCCGACGGGGAUCUUGAUGAUUGAGAAGGUUGGGACGGUGAAUACGGGGGAUAGGGAGGGGGAUGAGCGGACUGUGAGGGUGGAUGAGGGGAGAAUCAACAACUUCGAGCAAGAAGAGACAACGCAGCGAUUAGAUCUGCACUGCAAAACCGUUGCCAAGAAGAUGGACAACUCAUCAAAGAAGCACUUCACGUUCUCACAGACAGUCUGA